GGUCACACUAAAAGUGUUCCGCUCUGCUCUUUAAGCUCUCUUCCAUUUGUAUUUUUGACAGAGAACGGACAAGUUGUAAAAUGAGCGGCAACAAAGCGGUCGUGGUGCUAAUGUGCCGAGUAUGCACCCGGGCAUGUAAAGACUACAAAACGCUGAAAUGUAAGAUCGACAUUGGGCGAGAGAGCAGCACAACGGUGGCAGAGAUGCUCACCUUUUGCGUUGGCUUGUCGUAUGAGCCGCAAGAUGGCGCCGCAGCACGUUUGCCACAGCAAAUUUGCAUGGAAUGUUUGCUAUUGGCGAAUAAUGUGUACAUUUUAAAGCGCAAGGUCGGUAACAACGAACUUUUGCGUUUGGGCCUCAAGGAGACGGACGAAGUAAUUGGCGAAGUUGAUGCCGAUGACAUCCUGGACAUUGAGCGCGAGGAGCACUUGUUGACUGGCGAUAGCCAGGAGGGUGAAGAUUACCUUGACGAUUCCAUGGAUGAAACGUCCGGCAAUGUCGUUGUCUCCGCCUCCCAGCAGCAACAGGCAACAACUGGCAACGCUGGCGGUGAAGUACUGUGCGAAGUGUGCGGCGAGACCACCUCUAACCGAUCCAAGAAAGGCCUCAAUGUGCAUAUGCGUGUCCAUAAUAAGAAGGCGCCCGUCACUGCCACCAGCAGCAGCAGCGUCGGCGGCGGCGGCACAACCAAUUAAAGUUUCACUAA